AUGACGAUCACCCAUAUCGUUCUCUUCCAAUUCAAGUCCGACGUGACUCCUGAAACAAUCAACGAUAUAACCGAACGCAUGCUCUCUCUCAAGGAGUGCUGUGUUCACCCAAAGACCCAGAAGCAAUAUAUCAAAGCAUCGUCCGGUGGAAUAGAUAAUUCUCCGGAAGGACUUCAGAAUGGUAUUACACACGCAUUUGUUGUCGAAUUUGAUAGCGCUGCAGACCGAGAUUACUACGUUAACGAUGACCCUAAGCAUCGGGAAUUUGUUCAGAGGGUCGGAAAAUCUCUGGAGAAGGCGCAAGUCAUUGAUUUUACAGAUGGAGUGUUUCAGUGA